UUCAAGUGGACAAGCUGCAUGCGUUGGGCUGGCCAAGUCAUUUGGUGCAUGGCAUGUCUUAUCGGCGCUAGCCUAGCCUACCUGGGGACCAACCCAACAGUGAGGCAGUCGAUGAGGAGGAGAGUGGGGGUUCCAAGGGACCUAUUCAUCACCAAGGGGGAAGGUAUACUUCAUUCAGUAGAGCCACCACUAUGAGUAGGGUAUGUUAGAGUAGAGUAGAAGACAUUCUCUGUAAAGGAAACAAGUGCUUGGUAUUAUUGGUCUAAAUUUAGAGGGUGCUAAAAACUGAAAUUGAUUUGUUAAUUAGAUGAAGCAGUCCUAUAUUAGCCAGGGUGGAAGUGUAGACAUGUUUGAUAGCUCUCAGUAUCCAUAUAACUGCUUCAACUAUGAUGGAGAUGGAUACCCCUCCUGCAGCACGGAUGAAGACAAGAAGAUGUGUCGACCUGCUUACAGGUAGAAUGCUUAUGGUUAAUAUAAUGAACUAAUAAUGGAAUUAUGAAGAGUAUUGUUAUUAGCAUUAUUCAUGAUCUAAGAUAUGAUAAAUUAUGUCUUUAAGAUAUUACAUUAUAGUUCAGCUGAAAAAAUACAAAACAAAUGCAAAUUAUUUUAGUAUUUUAUAGACCAUAAUAUAAAUCACAAAUGAAUGCAAUGCAACCCAUUUAAAAUCUAAAACCUGAAAACCAAAUGUUGUUGUAUUAUUUUAAUCAGAUGAUUGUGGAAUCUCAACAAUAUCCAAAUUAAAUCAGUAUCAUAACUAAGAAUAUUAGACCACUUUCCCUGAAUAUAACUUCAGUCUUAUCAAUAUAUUAUCGGGCAGGGUUAGGUUACUUUUUUAAUGUAAUCUGUCCAAAAUUGUAAUCAGUAAGGUAACUUUUGGAUUACCAAAACUCAGUAAUGUAAUCUGAUUACUUUCAGUUAUUUUGGAUUACUUUCCCUUUAAGAAUCAUUAGAAGAAGACAAAAAUGAUCCAUCAAACACAUUUGGUGUGUCAUCAUAGUGGUCUGACUUGUGGUCAGACUCGCUCAGGUGGAACAAACUUAAACAUAUGCCUUCUUUCAAUGCUGAAUUGAAUGUCAUUGCGAAAACAGAAAGGUUUCAUAAUGUAUUUUUGUUUGCAAACAUCCUUUCUGAAUUUAAAAGUAAUCCAAGAAGUAAUCAUCUAGUUUUUCAAAAGUAUCUGUAAUCUGAUUACAAUAUUUUUGCUAGUAAUGUAAAUGAUUACAGUUUGUUGUCAUCAGAUUACAUGAUUACAUCCCCAACCCUGUUCUUGGGAAUAUAAAUGUGAACACCAAUAAAUAUUAAUUAAAAUAAAUAUUUGUACUUUUUGUAACUCUGUCUGCCCUUUCUCUUCAGUUACAUAGCAUUGAUAGCCAUGGCCAUCCAGCAGAGUCCAGAGCACCGGGUCACCUUGUCAGGGAUCUAUGAGUUCAUCAUGAAACGCUUUCCAUACUACAGGUAAGGACCUUCACAUGUCUAUUUAACUUCACAUGUCUAUUCAACAGCCAUUUCCCUCCAAAAGUGUCUGGAUACCUUUCACAAAUUAGUGAAGGUAUUGUAGUGUACUGUUUCCUUUAUUCACUACAGGUCCAACCAGAGAGCAUGGCAAAACUCCAUACGACACAACCUCUCUCUCAACAGCUGCUUCAUUAAGGUAAAUGACCUGUUAUCAUAUGUUGUGUGAUGAUAGCUGAUCAUUUGAUCAAUAAUCAUUAUCAAACAGAGUAAGCUACACAUUUUAUUACAUUCUUCGAUAUAAGUUUCACUUGAUAUCAGUCAGAAGAAAAUACAUAAGACUAUAAUAUUUUAUCCUCGUUGAUUAAAUAUUGUAUGAAACUUUUAAAAUAUAUUACAAUAAUAAGGUUACAAAUGAGACAGUGAACAGUCAUACAGUUUACAUGCACAUUUACACAUUUACUGUAUGAAUUAUAAGCAAAUAACGUUACGUAUUUUGCACACAGUAGCCUAGAAGCAAAAAGGGUAACAGAGUGUUUCAAUACAGUACUGUUAUGUUGCUUUCACAUUUGAGCGUGAUCACAAAUAGACUAUUAUGGGUUUAUUUCUACUUUCUUAUAAGUGGGGUUAUUUUAUUUGUAAUUUUUUUGUAGGUUCCCCGUACGGAGGGAAACGAGAAGGGGAAAGGCAACUACUGGACGUUCGCCACGGGCUGUGAGUCCAUGCUCGACCUCUUCGAGAACGGCAACUUUCGGCGUCGCCGGCGCCGACGCAACAUGAAGAUGGGUUUCAGAGAGCCUGGGGAGCCUUUCCUCCCAGGAGACAAUAACAACAACAACAUCAACAACCAACACGGCGGCUCCGCCAGGCAGUCCGAUCCUAACCCUAACCCCAAACCGGACUCCCUCUGCCCCAUCAGCCCUGCCCACAGACCAGGUCACCACACCCCCCUCAACCCAAACCAGCAGGAGAAACCAGAACCGGAGAUUAAAUUCAGUAUUGACUACAUCCUCUCCACCCCCAACCCCCCUCUGCCGGGCUUCAGACCCCCACGUAGUGGUACAACAAGGGCCCCCAUAUAUGCUCUGGAGCCCCAACACCUGAACCUGCACUUCUGGACCCUGUGA